AUGGACCUGUACCACACGCCAGCCGGAGCUCUGGACAAGCUGGUGACCCACAGCCUGCACCCAGCCCCUGAGUUCACAGCAGCCGUACGGGGUGCUCUGGGGUCCCUGAACAUCGCCCUACAGCAGCACAGAGCCCAAGGGUCACAGAGACCAAAGAUGAUAAGGAUGGCCAAGGGGGGAGCCUAUGCCCGGGGCACAGCUCUCAGGGGUGGCACCGACGUCGAGCUCGUCAUCUUCCUCAACUGCUUCCGGAGCUUUGGGGACCAGAAGACCUGUCACUCAGAGACCCUGGGUGCCAUGCGGACGUUGCUGGAGUCCUGGGGGGGCCACCCCGGGCCUGGCCUGACUUUUGAGUUUUCUGAGUCAAAGGCGUCCAGGAUCUUACAGUUUCGUCUGGCAUCGGCAGACCAAGAAAACUGGAUAGAUGUUAGCCUGGUGCCUGCCUUUGAUGUCCUAGGACAGCCCCGCUCUGGAGUCAAGCCAACCCCCAACGUGUACUCCUCCCUCCUCAGCAGCCGCUGCCAGGCCGGGGAGUAUUCGGCCUGCUUCACCGAGCCCCGAAAGAACUUUGUGAACGCUCGCCCAGCCAAGCUUAAGAACUUAAUCCUGCUGGUCAAACACUGGUACCGCCAGAUGCAGACACAGGCCGUGAGGGCCACACUGCCCCCCAGCUAUGCCCUAGAGCUGCUUACCAUCUUUGCCUGGGAGCAGGGCUGUGGGAAGGACACCUUCAGUCUGGCCCAAGGGCUCCGGACCGUCCUGGCCUUGAUCCAACACAACAAGUACCUCUGCAUUUUCUGGACGGAAAACUAUGGCUUUGAGGACCCUACGGUUGGGGAGUUCUUGCGAAGGCAGCUUAAGAGACCCAGGCCCGUGAUCCUGGAUCCAGCUGACCCAACGUGGGAUGUGGGCAACGGGACAGCCUGGCGCUGGGAUGUGCUGGCCAAGGAGGCUGAAUCCAGCUUUAGCCAGCAGUGCUUCAAGCAGGCCUCAGGAGUCCUUGUGCAGCCUUGGGAGGGGCCGGGCCUUCCACGGGCUGGGAUUUUGGAUUUGGGCCACCCAAUCUAUCAAGGGCCUAACCAGGCCCUUGAAGACAACAAAGGCCACCUUGCUGUUCUGUCGAAGGAAAGGAGCCUAAAAUCUUCUAAUUCAGCUCCAGGAUUUCCAGAAGCAGCCACCAAGAUCCCUGCUAUGCCAAACCCAAGUGUCAAUCUGUCACAGAUCCCCAGCAAGGAUCUAGACUCCUUCAUCCAGGACCACCUGAGGCCAAGUCCCCAGUUCCAGCAGCAGGUGAGGCAGGCCAUCGACGCCAUCUUGUGCUGCCUCCGGGAGAAGUGUGCAUACAAAGUCUUGAGGGUCAGCAAGGGUGGCUCUUUUGGCCGUGGUACAGAUCUCAGGGGCAGCUGUGACGUGGAACUUGUCAUCUUUUAUAAAACCCUUGGGGACUUCAAGGGCCAGAAGCCCCACCAGGCAGAGAUCCUGUGUGACAUGCAGGCCCAGCUUCGACGCUGGUGUCAGAACCCCGUGCCUGGACUGAGCCUACAGUUAAUUGAACAGAAGCCCAAUGCCCUGCAACUCCAGCUGGCGGCCACCGACCUCAGCAACUGGGUGGACCUCAGUGUGCUGCCUGCUUUCGAUGCUGUGGGGCCGCUGAAGUCCGGCGCCAAACCUCAGCCCCAGGUGUACUCCUCCCUUUUCAGCAGCGGCUGCCUGGCCGGGGAGCACGCAGCCUGCUUCGCAGAGCUCCGAAGGAACUUCAUAAACACUUGCCCUCCCAAACUCAAGAGCCUGAUGCUACUGGUCAAACACUGGUACCGCCAGGUGGUCACUCGAUAUAAAGGAGGAGAGGCAGCAGGCGAUGCUCCGCCCCCAGCCUACGCCCUGGAGCUCCUGACCAUCUUUGCCUGGGAACAAGGCUGUGGAGAGCAAAAGUUCAGCCUGGCUGAAGGCCUGCGGACCAUCCUGAGGCUGAUCCAACAGCACCAGUCACUCUGUAUCUACUGGACGGUCAACUACAGUGUGCAGGACCCGGCCGUCAGAGCACACCUUCUCGGCCAGCUUCGGAAAGCCAGGCCUCUAGUCCUGGACCCUGCAGAUCCUACCUGGAACGUGGGUCAGGGCAACUGGAAGCUGUUCGCUCAGGAGGCAGCUGCCCUGGGGUCACAAGUCUGCCUUCAGAGUGGGGAUGGGACUCUGGUGCCACCCUGGGAGGUGAUGCCAGCCCUCCUUCACCAGACCCCAGCUGAGGACCUGGACAAGUUCAUCAGUGAAUUCCUCCAGCCCAACCGCCACUUCCUGACUCAAGUGAAGAGAGCAGUGGACACCAUCUGUUCCUUCCUGAAAGAAAACUGCUUCCGGAAUUCUACCAUCAAGGUGCUCAAGGUGGUCAAGCUUUCUAAACUGGCCUUCCUGGGCUCCCUGGGAAACAGAGUGACUCUAGCCUUCUCUUUCCCUAUAGGCCAGCUGAGGUCCGGCUCUCGGCCUGAUCCCCGGGUCUACACAGACCUCAUCCACAGCUGCAGCAAUGCAGGCGAGUUCUCUACCUGCUUCACGGAGCUGCAGAGGGACUUCAUUAUCUCCCGUCCCACCAAACUCAAGAGCCUGAUCCGGUUGGUGAAACACUGGUACCAACAGUGUAACAAGACGAUCAAGGGGAAGGGUUCCUUGCCCCCCCAGCACGGGCUGGAGCUCCUGACUGUGUACGCCUGGGAGCAAGGCAGCCAGAACCCCCAGUUCAACAUGGCGGAGGGCUUCCGCACCGUUCUGGAGCUGAUUGGCCAGUACCGUCAGCUCUGCGUCUAUUGGACCAUCAACUACAGCGCAGAAGACAAGACCAUCGGUGACUUCCUGAAGAUGCAGCUUCGGAAGCCCAGGCCUGUCAUCCUGGACCCAGCUGACCCGACAGGCAACCUGGGCCACAACGCGCGCUGGGACCUGCUUGCCAAGGAGGCUACAGCGUACGCAUCUGCCCUGUGCUGCAUGGACAGAGAUGGCAAUCCCAUCAAGCCGUGGCCAGUAAAGACCGCUGUGUGAAGUCCAGAAAGAUCCGUGGUCACACUGGCUGAUAGAAAGUGACACCAGCCCUCAGCAAGGGAU